UCCAGGUGAUCGAGGCUAGAAUAUCAGCACAAUGAGCAGUAAACCAUUAUCACCAGUAGCAGCACUACUAUCUGUAACAGUUAUUGGGAAUAACAGUGCUAGUGCUAUGGAGAAUAACACUAAAGCUGCAACACCAAAGGUUGUUGGUGUUCAUCACCAUUAUCAUCAUCAUGGAUUGGUCAAGAAAAUUAUGAAGACUGCUUUGGUGUGUGUGGCUGUUACUCUGGCUUCCCUUCUCUUCUAUAUAACUGUCUUCCCCGGCGGAUCUUAUUAUGAUCCUUUGUUCUCAGCUAAAUCUCAGGAUCCCUUGGAUACAGUUCUGAGAAAUGCAACUAUGAAGGACAAGACCAUAAUCGUCACAACACUGAAUGAUGCGUGGGCGGAACCAAACUCCAUAUUCGAUCUGUUUCUCGAGAGCUUUCGGAUCGGAAACAACACUAGUCGGCUGCUGAAACAUCUGGUAGUGAUCUGCUUGGACCAAAAAGCAUACGCUCGUUGCCUGGCUCUUCACCCUCAUUGCUACCAGCUCUAUACUGAAGGUGCCAACUUUACCAGCGAGGCAGCUUUCAUGUCCUCUGAUUACUUGCAAAUGAUGUGGAGAAGAAUCCAGUUUUUGACUUCCAUUCUCGAAAAAGGAUACAGCUUUGUCUUCACGGACACUGACAUAAUGUGGCUUAGGGAUCCAUUCCCACAAUUCUUCCCAGAUGCAGACUUCCAAAUCGCAUGCGACUACUUCCGAGGCGAUUCUUACGAUGUGAACAACCUUCCUAAUGGAGGUUUUACCUAUGUAAUCUCUAAUAAACGGACCACAAAAUUCUACAACUUUUGGUACAUGUCUAGGCAGGCAUAUCCCAACAAUCACGACCAGGAUGUGCUCAACAAGAUCAAAUCUGAUCCGUUCAUCCCCACCAUCGGAUUGAAAAUGAGAUUCUUGGACACCAAGUACUUCGGCGGCUUCUGUCAGCCCAGUAAAGAUCUUAACCUGGUUUGCACAAUGCAUGCUAAUUGCUGCGUUGGUCUAGAGAACAAAGUCAAUGACCUCAGAAUUCUGCUUCAAGAUUGGAGAAAUUACAUGGCAUUGCCUCCUCCUCCUCUUCCUCCUCCUUCUUCUAGUAGUCCUAAUACUAAUUCCACAACGCCUCCAACAACUAUGCCCUCAUGGACCGUCCCACUAAACUGCAGUACUUCCUUCCAACGGCAACGCCAACGCCAACGCUCAGGCCGGCACUUGUUAUGACCCGAGGGCUGAGACAAUCACUUCUGUAGAUUUGUUUAGAGGUUAGAAGACAAAACGCUAUAUUGUCAAGUCCAGCAAUGAAACUGAAACCAGUUGGUGAUUAACAACGUGAUCUUGUUAAAAGUUAUCAUGAAAUUGACUCAUUUUCCAAAACAAAAGGGUAGAUAUUUGAUUGUUUUUAUUCCAGUUUUCAUACUCAAGAUUCUUUUAUUAAUUCUCUGUCAAUUCUAUUCCAAAUCGA